GCACUGCGCAGCGCCGCGCCGGAAUCCGCCGCGAUGAGGGCAGACGUGACCGUCCCACCUGUGUGCGGCAGUCCCGGCCCGGCCGCGUGCACACGGUGCUGAGGAGCCCGGCCAGAGCCGCCCGCUGCCCUCCGUGCCAUCAACUAGUUCGUACUAACAAGUGACUGUGCAGAUUUCUAUCGGCGGUGAUGUUAAUGGCCGGGGAGGGGACUGCAACAAAACAGUGCGGCUGAACCGCGCUCUGGGACGGCCCGCUGGGCUGCGGGCAGCUCUCGGGGCGCUGUAGGUGUGCGUUGGGCCGCUCCUCACCGGGGUGCCGCAGGGCUGAGCGGCCCUCUGUGUGCACUUCGUGUUCCCGGGGAAUCCCGUUUUCCGGUGUUUUUCUUCCGUGAUUCCAUUUUUCCCCCCCCCUUGAAGUAAGAUUUCAAAGUUAGUCGCUUGCUUGAGAGCCCUGCAGUGUACAGCCAGAGUUGUGUUCUGCAUAGCUGACCCACUGCAAACCUGUGUCGUGAAGUAUGCUAGUCAGAAUUUGGUCUUAUUUAACGUUCAGUGUGUCAACAUACAAAUGGGUUUCUGGUACAGGAUAUUGAGGGCUUAAAUAGAGGGGAAUGCGUACGUGUGCUGCAGAAGCAAAGAAAGAGUGAGGUCAGAAGGUGUCUCAGAGAAAUAUUGCUUGUGUUACAUGGGAGAAGGAAACGCAAAAUUCAUCAGCAAGAUGAACGCUUGAGCUUUCAUUAUUUUUAAUGAGAAGUAUCCUUUACGGCCUUGGUCUGCUGUUUGUUUGGUUUCUUCUGAAAUCUAUCACUAGUGAUGCACUUAUUGUUGCUUAAAAAACAGCUGGCAAUAAAUAAUUGCUCACUGUAAUCAAUCUGUGCUCCCGCUUUACCUCUUUGGACAGGCAGGCUCAUAAGGCAGAACAGGAUGGUUGCAAAAUCAUCUCAUCAAAAGCAUCCCUUUACCAGAUACACGCUAAAAAUGCCUUUUGUUUUUAAGCAGAUUUCCAAUGUGAAAGUAGUUGGAUUCUGAGUUCGGCCAACCUGAGAUGCGUGGGAGUAAAUCAUCACAUACAGGGAAGUGUUUUGGGUACCUGGAUUUGGGGGUAAAUUCCUAUAUUCAUGAAGGUAGAAGGAAGUAUGUGAGCAGUUAUGGUGCUUGCCUUCUAUCCAUGGAUGUGAAACCUUCCCCUGCAGAAUUUCUUUUGGCUCUCCAUAUGUAUCCCAUACAUAUUUCACGUGUCAAACUUCAUAGCAGCAUUUUCUGUUUUGGGGCAUGUAGUGUGAUAACCAGAAAACAACCCACUGUCCUUUAUAUAAGAUCGUAUAUGUCUCUAUACGUACAUACAUGCAGUGUGUGUAUAUUAGGAGCACAGCCCUGACGUGGUGAGGGUACCAGUUAUUUCUUGGUGAGUAUUCUCAUUCUUAGCUCGAAUCAAAGCAAUGAGGUCAAAUAAAGGUUUGGUAGGAGGUGAUUCUCAUUCUCUGUUGCAAAACCCAGGGACAGUUGCAUCCUUCAUUUGGCACAGCAACCGUUCACAAUAUGUAGUUGAUCGUUAGUGGAAGCAUUGAUUAAUUUAACUGUUAUUCAGAUGAACCUAGCUGUAAAACAACAAGCAAACCCAAACGUUUUGGCUGUUGGUGCUUGGGAGCCAGAUGUUGAAUUGCUGGGUCUCUGGGCUGCUAAUGUUCCAUCCCUCCUAGGGCUGUCUUAAAAAUCCAGAUAGCAGCAGGAACUGCAGGGGGCAGAAAGUGUCCGCUGCUCCUGUUUUACUUACACCACUUACUGCAUUAUGCUUUGGAAGACCAUUUUGACACUGCUUGCUGCUUGCUAUUUGUUUUUAAUACGUACCUUUCCUGAGAAUAACCUUUUACGAGCUGUAGCCCUCAGUUCAGCGUUCUUUACAACAGGAGUUCUUAAUAAAAUAGCUGCAAAGUGCUGUUUGUAUUUGGAAAGCCAUUUCCUGUACCUAUAUUUGAAUUCCCAAUCAGAAGGAAGAGGUAAUUACAAGCAUACCUUUGUUAAUACUGGAAUUCUGAAGGCUUCAGGAGUAUGUUUGCUUCCAAAGCGCUGUCUGCAGUGGGAUUUCAGCUUCCAAAGUGUUGUUCUGCCUCCAUCCAGGGGCUGAGCUGUAGCUUUCUGCCUGUGCUGUGGCUAAGGUGGUGAGCGCAGCACUUGUGCUACGUGCUGUUGUAGGCAAAGCUUUGCUGUAGUGCAAAUGUGCUGCUGGUAAAGCCUAAGGGAAGACAAAACCUGAGCGUUGUGUUGUUUGAGGAGUGGAACAGGAGAAGGGCCAGAGGAAGAAGUCUGAAAAACAGGUGUUGAACUUGUAAUGGUGAUUAGGAGCUCGAACUAGCUUUUGGUACUUAGGUAAAGUGGCAGAAAAUUGGGGUUGGUCAUCUUGGCUUUGGGACUUUGACCAGUGACUUGAUUUGUUUUAUUUGUGAUAUAAUGCACUGAAUGAAUCCAUGAAUACAAGCUUUGCCAUCACCUUCCUUAGGUCACGGGCUUUACCUUGACUAUUUUGAUGCAGAAAAUACCUCAUGCUUAAGGACCUCUCGUAGCGUUACUUAGGUAAAUAUGAUACCGUUACUUUCCAUGCAGGAAUUAUGGACCAGACAGAAGAUGCUAAGAAGACAUACUGCCAGUCCUUUUGGAUCAACUUUUCCCUUUUUGUCUGUAGAGUCAUGCUUCAAAAACUUUGCUUAUUCCUUUACAAUUACAGAAGAGAAAAAUUGGUUUUGCGGUGCUGAACAGUUUCAGUUCUCCAUCAGAGAGCAUUUGGACGUGUAGACGCAUCGUUGUCUUGGAGUCAAAGCAGAGUCUAGCUGCCCAUGAAGAGAGAGUAUCUUCUUUUGCUGUAAAGAUGGAAAGAUGAAACUGCCUCAACACAAGGCAAAGUCGUGCAUUUGUCAUAUGUGUGGUGCCCACCUGAACAGACUCCACUCUUGCCUCUACUGUGUCUUCUUUGGCUGUUUUACAAAGAAACAUAUUCACGAGCACGCAAAGACAAAGCGACACAAUUUAGCCAUAGACCUUUUGUAUGGGGGUAUAUACUGCUUUAUGUGUCAAGAUUACAUAUACGACAAAGACAUGGAACAAAUUGCCAAAGAAGAACAACGAAAAGCUUGGAAAUUACAAGCCUUCACCCCAACAGUGGUUUCUCACUACCAGUGUACAAUGACAGGCAUUGGAGAGAAGUAUUCAACAUGGGAGCCAACCAAACGAGAGUUAGAAUUGCUACGACACAACCCCAAGCGGAGAAAAAUAACCACAAACUGCACCAUAGCUGUUAAACAAAAAUGCCGAAUGCGAUCCAUGCAGUCAGGAGGGGCAGGAUCUGCACUGAAUGUAAUUGAAUUCAGCUCUGCUGCUGAGCAUAGGACAGACACCACAACCAUUGCUGUGGGUGCGUCUGGACAACUUAAUGUAGGUCUACGAGGGCUAAUCAAUCUUGGGAACACAUGUUUUAUGAACUGUAUUGUCCAGGCACUUACCCACACUCCACUGCUGCGAGAUUUCUUCCUCUCCGACAGGCACAAAUGUGAAAUGCAAAGCCCCAGCUCAUGUCUGGUCUGUGAAAUGUCUACGCUUUUUCAGGAGUUUUACUCUGGGCACCGAUCUCCUCACAUUCCAUAUAGGUUAUUGCACCUGGUAUGGACUCAUGCACGGCAUUUAGCAGGGUACGAGCAACAAGAUGCACACGAGUUCCUCAUUGCUGCAUUAGAUGUGCUACACAGACACUGCAAAGGUGAUGAUAAUGGGAAGAAGGCCAACAACCCCAACCACUGUAACUGCAUCAUAGACCAAAUCUUCACAGGCGGACUACAGUCUGAUGUUACCUGUCAAGUCUGCCAUGGUGUUUCCACAACGAUAGACCCAUUUUGGGACAUCAGUUUGGAUUUGCCAGGCUCCUCCACCCCGUUCUGGCCUCUGAGUCCAGGGAGUGAUGGCAGUGUCGUAAAUGGGGAAAGCCAUGUAUCAGGCACCACCACUCUCACAGACUGCUUGCGAAGGUUUACAAGGCCAGAACAUCUAGGAAGCAGUGCCAAAAUCAAAUGUAGUGGUUGCCAUAGCUACCAGGAAUCUACCAAACAACUCACUAUGAAGAAAUUACCCAUUGUGGCCUGUUUUCAUCUCAAACGGUUUGAACACUCAGCCAAACUGAGGCGAAAGAUCACUACGUAUGUCUCAUUUCCACUGGAGCUGGACAUGACACCAUUCAUGGCUUCCAGUAAAGAGAGCAGAAUGAACGGGCAGUACCAGCAGCCGACGGAUAGUCUAAACAAUGAUAAUAAGUAUUCCUUGUUUGCAGUAGUUAAUCACCAGGGAACUUUGGAGAGUGGGCACUAUACCAGCUUCAUCCGGCAGCACAAGGACCAGUGGUUCAAGUGUGAUGAUGCCAUUAUCACCAAGGCUAGCAUUAAGGAUGUACUAGACAGUGAAGGAUAUUUGCUGUUCUAUCACAAACAGUUCCUGGAGUAUGAAUAGCCUUAUCCAGCAGCUUGUCAGAUAUAAACAAGGAAGAAAAUAAGCAAGCCUUCUGAAUCGACACACAAACCUACCUGAAAUAAAAAGACCCAUUAAAAAACAACUAGCACUGAGCUGUAACAGGACCUACUUGACACUGGCUCCAAGCCUGGCGGAGUGAGAAAUGAACAAUGUCCAACGUGUAUGCGGUCCCACAAGGACAGAAAGGGGGAAAAAGGAGGCUGCAGUCAGUCACUUAUCAGAGGAAAUAUACAAUGAAAGGAAUGCUCUGGGUGGGGGAAAUGGGAGCGGAGGAGUCCGGGCACUGGUACAUGUUCCUCCAAAACGUGUGUGGGAAGGCAAGGGGGUGUACUCUCAUCUCCAUAAAGCAUCUUCUCCAUUGGUGCUUCAGCUCCAACGACCAAUCAUAUAACAGUUAAAAUUAAAAAAAAAAAAAAAAAAAAAAAAUCCCAAGCCCAUUUUUUAUGCAUAUGGAUCUGAAAGCAGUAGAGUGGAGGAGGAAGGAAUGACACAACUAAAGGACUUUGCAAGUAUCUUUUUAUUUGUGAAUUUUAGUUAUUAAAUAAAUACAGUAUGAAACUA